AUGGCUGGAUUCACAGGAGCUCUUGCUCUGCUCGCCCUGGGCGGCGCGGUGCGGGCGUCACCAUUUGCUGUGGCCAAUAGCACAAUUACAGACCCUCCAACAGCUACCGGAGGGCCGAGCACUCCAACUCAGCCUGCGGAUGUCACCUGCGGCACCAUCAGCAGCUUUCCUCCUAUUGUUCUUCAAGAGUAUGACGGCCUCUCGACAGAUCCAGCGCUGCAGUGCCAAUGUCUGAUCUCGGUCAACAACUGGUUGUUCACAACCAACCCUCCGACGCGCACCCUCACCAGGACCAUCGGAACCGGCGUCACCACUUUCACGGAAGUGACUGGCACCACCACAGAGGUGGUGACAACUGUCGUAAACACCGUUGUGACGGCUACAGUCACCGAAAACUUCAUCCUGCCUCAGAGCAACGUGUGGUAUGGAACCGCGGAGCCGCCAUGUUGUUAUAGCUGCACGAUUGCUGCCUCUACGGUAGAGGUAUUCUACUGGGCUGAUCCUACUGGCACGACGCCCCUGGCUACCUCAUUCACGUCUGCUGGCAUCGUCUUCGAGUCCCCUUCCGUCUACAUCGGAUUCUCGGCUUUGUCUGCCUAUGACUACUGCGGCAAUGUCGGAGAACCCCGGUUCAACACCACGGUUGGAUUUGCUCCCGGCGAACUAUCAACCAUGGUCUUUUCUCUUGUGACGGGAACCCCCGUUACUGUUGGAACGAUCCUCCCCAGCGGCAGCACGCUUGAAAGCCUGAGCACACCAUCCUUUUACUCUCCUGUUGGGUCUGCUGCACUCAACACGGCGGAUCUGAAGAGGAACUGCUCCACCAUUGCCGGCUACACCUAUAUCCCCGGCAACCCCUCCAAUGCCAUCAACAGUUCCCCUGAUCCUUGCCACCCCACCAUUGUGAUUCCCGAUAAGAUUCGAAGCUUGGAUCCGGCCUGGAAGUCUUGCAUCUCAGAUGCCUUCCAAGGGUUCUACGACCCUCCCUCGGCUCUCAGCUCUGUCACGGCCUUGAUCCCCACGACCACUCCUCCCCCUCCUCCCCCUACGACCACGCCUCCCAGUUCUCGUAGCACCAGCGCUGCUGGACCAAGCUCAACACCGCCGCCGCCUCCCCCGAAGACGACGACUUCAGCUCCUCCUCCUCCCCCUCCUCCGCCUGCGUCAUCUGAUACUGGCAACCCUCCUCCCUCGGGUCCUACAUCCACCAGCGCACCUCCACCGCCUCCUCCCCCACCGCCUCCUCCGCCUUCAAGCUCAUCCCAGCCUAGUGGAGGUGUCAGCAGCCCUCCUCCUUCAUCAAGCUCGCCUGCAGGUGGCAACAACCCUCCUCCUUCAUCAAGCUCUCCUGCAGGUGGCAACAACCCUCCUCCUUCAUCAAGCUCGCCUGCAGGUGGUAACAAUCCUCCUCCCGCGAGCUCCUCGAAUGGAGCGGGCAACAGUGGCGGUAGCAGUUCCACCCCUUCAACCCCCUCUAACCCCUCUGGUACUCCCGGCGGUGGUAACAAUGGCGGUGGAAACGGAGGUGGUAAUGGGGGUGGAAACAACGGAGGCGGCAACGGUGGUGGUAGCAACGGAGGCGGCAACGGAGGUAACAAUGGAGGUAACAAUGGAGGAAAUGGAGGAGGAAAUGGCUCACCUCCUGGUGGAAACAACGACAAUAACAACGCUGGUGGCACCACUACUGGAGACUCUGGAAGCGCGUCUCCAACUUCAAACGAGGUUCCUCCCUUUACCGAGAACUCCCAGUCUCAAAUCGUCUUUGGCUCCACAACCUUGAGCCCCGGAGGACCUGCAAUUACUGUCGGUGGUAACACCCUGUCAUUGCCCACUUCGGGAUCUUCCAUCGUUGUCAACGGCAACACCGUCCCCCUCUCUGAAACCUCAGCCACCUCUCCCGGAGAAUCUGGCUCCCCUGGCUCUCAGGAGACUUCCACACCCGGUUCGGGAGGCUCGCCCGGAGGCUCUGAAUCAAGCACCACCACGUCGGCGGGCCUGCCAUCGAAUUCAAUCCCUACCGUUCCUCAAAACGCGGCGCCUGGACUGUUCUCGGGCGCGAUGGCAAGCAUCAAGGCAGUUGCUGUGGUUAUGCUUGUUGCAUUUUACAUCUAA